CCACAACCCUCCUUCCGGGCCUCGAGAGGGUGGCGCGGGGGCCGCAGCGGCGGGGGCGGGGCCAGCCUCACCCGGAAUGAAAACAAACGGCGGCCGCCGCCGCAUCCGGGCACUCGGCGGGUCGCGGCGGGCGCGGUGGUGGCGCAGAAUGGCGCAAAAGAAAUAUCUCCAAGCAAAACUGACCCAGUUUUUAAGGGAAGACCGAAUUCAACUUUGGAAACCUCCGUAUACAGAUGAAAAUAAAGAAGUUGGCUUGGCAUUGAAGGACCUUGCCAAGAAGUACUCUGACAAGCUAGAUUGCUGUGAAAAUGAAGUGGAAAAGAUAAUAGAAGAAAUACGUUGCAAAGCAAUUGAGCGUGGCACGGGAAAUGAAAAUUAUAAAACAACAGGAAUUGCGACAAUUGAGAUAUUUUUACCUCCCCGACUAAGAAAAGAUAGGAAAAACCUGUUGGAGACCCGAUUGCACAUCAGUGGCAGAGAACUGAGGUCAAAAAUAGCUGAAACCUUCGGAUUUCAAGAAAAUUACAUCAAAAUUGUCAUCAACAAGAAACAGCUUCAACUAGGGAAAACUCUCGAAGAACAAGGAGUGACGCACAACGUGAAAGCAAUGGUGCUUGAACUGAAACAGUCUGAAGAGGACGUGAGGAAAAACUUCCAGGUUGAAGAAGAAGAGCAAAAUGAAGCCGAACUAAAAGAAAAAAGAAUCCAGAGGACCAAGAGAGGCCUGGAGAUCUUGGCGGAGAGAGCUGAGAUGGUGGUGGAUCCAGAAGCCACGCCGUACUUAGACAUAGCUAACCAGACGGGCAGAUCCAUCAGAAUUCCCCCUUCAGAAAGAAAAGCCCUUAUGUUAGCUAUGGGAUAUCAUGAGAAGGGCAGAGCUUUCCUGAAAAGAAAAGAAUAUGGAAUAGCCUUGCCAUGUCUGUUGGAUGCUGACAAAUAUUUCUGUGAGUGCUGCAGGGAGCUGUUGGAUACGGUAGAUAACUAUGCAGUGCUCCAGCUGGACAUAGUGUGGUGUUACUUCCGCUUGGAACAACUGGAAUGCCUUGAUGACGCAGAAAAAAAACUAAACUUGGCUCAGAAAUGCUUCAAAAAUUGUUACGGAGAAAACCAUCAGAGGCUGGUCCACAUAAAAGGGAACUGUGGGAAAGAGAAGGUGCUGUUUUUAAGACUUUACUUGCUUCAAGGUAUCCGAAAUUAUCACAGUGGAAACGGUGAAGAGGCUCGUGAGUAUCUCAACAAGGCACGUCAACUCUUUAAAGAGCUAUAUAUUGAUCCAUCAAAAGUUCACAAUUUGUUGCAGUUGGGAUUUACUGCCCAGGAGGCCCGGCUUGGCCUGAGGGCAUGUGACGGGAACGUGGACCACGCGGCUGCCCACAUUACCAACCGCAGAGAGGAAUUGGCCCAAAUAAGGAAAGAGGAAAAAGAGAAGAAAAGACGCCGGCUGGAGAACAUAAACUCUUUGAAAGGAAUGGGCUACUCUACUCACGCGGCCAAGCAGGCCCUGCAUCAGGCCAGCGGGAACCUGGAUGAAGCUCUGAAGAUUCUUCUCAGCAAUCCUCAGAUGUGGUGGUUGAAUGAUUCAGAUCCUGACACCAACAACCCUCAAGAAAGUCCUUCCCAGGAAAACAUCGACCAACUGGUGUACAUGGGCUUUGACGCGGCAGCAGCCGACGCUGCCUUGAGAGUGUUCAGGGGGAACGUCCAGCUGGCAGCUCAGACCCUUGCCCACAACGGAGGAAGCCUUCCUCCUGACGUGCAUCUCUCGCUGGAAGGCUGUUCGUCGACACCAUCCACGUCCCCUUCUGACUCCGCAGGGGCCUCUAGUGCCUCCACAGAUGAAGAUAUGGAGACAGAAGCUGUCAAUGAAAUAUUGGAAGAUAUUCCAGAACAUGAAGAAGACUAUCUCGACUCAACGCUGGAAGAUGAAGAAAUUAUUAUCGCAGAGUACUUAUCCUAUGUAGAAAAUAUAAAGUCAGCAACAAAAACGGAAUAAUGGGCAGAAAUAAGUACUGAGUUUCUGCUUAUAAAUUCUGUCAUUAUGAAAAGUCCAAUGCAGGUCGUCUUGUUUUCCUUCUUUUUAUCUGAUUUUGCUCCAAGAGUGCGUCCUUCUUGGGCAUAGGAGGGGCAGGCAGGGAACGGGCCAGCCGUGAAGGUGAGAGGAGAUGUGGGGGUCGGGGGGAGGGUGGGGGGGAGCGUCCAGAUCUGUUUCCUCUUCAUUUUGCCCGGCUCUCCUGCCCUCCUCAGCUCACUGCUGCUCUCUUCCGUCUUCCCACCAUGCAGCUCUGCCUUUCAGCUUCAGCCUCGCUGCCCUGUCGCUGAAACAUCCUUAAAGUCUUCAACCGUUCCAAGUGCCCUGGGGACCUCGGGAGGAGGCAUCCCCUCCAGCAGCCAUACCGCAUUGUGGCAGACUGAAAGCUCGGGUUCUGUGCUCUUAGUUUAGUAAAAUAUGCACUUGUAAUUCAAGGUUGAAGUUGAGAAUUUAUAGACGUGCAAAAUUCUUCUUUACAAAAAUAAAAUCCUUUUAUUAAACAGGAAAGUCCUUAAA